CAAACAGAGACAUGUGAUGCCUUAUGAAAAGUUAAUACUUUAAUUGUAUUCGUUACUUAGGUGCAUGUAUAGUCAUGUAUAAUAUGUACAUUUAAUAUAUACAUCUAUUUAUGUAUGUGUAUUGUACAAAACGCGGUAUCAAAGAUUUGUCUAAAUGUGGUUCCCUAGGGACAUCAUAAAUUGUCCUGAUAACAACUUAUUAACGGAAUCGUCAUAACAACAAAGACAGAAAGAGAUUAUGCUUUUAAAUAAAGACCAUUUAUACCAUGCGACAUUACCAGUGUUAAGCUGAAUUGAAUAGAAAGCGUUUAAGUUAGUCGAGAGCUAUUACUAGGAGUUUUCUAUUCCGUUUGUUAAUAAGAAGAAUCAAUGGUGUUGUGUUUACAUUUAGAAUACCAAUGACUCCCGAUCAAUUGGAAUCGUCCUCUCAAUAUUUCGGAAACUGCGAAAAUUCCUGCAUAGAACUAGAAGCAUUUGAUGAUUUCAAUUUUAAUUGUAAUCCUGGUGAACAAUCCCUUAUCACCAGAUAUGCACCUGAAGACAAUGAUAUACUCCCCGUAGGAAACGAUUUGUUCAAUUUGGAAUGCGGAAGUGACAGUUUAUUAUUCGGUAGUUCGAGUUCCGGUACCGUCGAAGAAGAUGAUGUUUCUUUGAGGAAAUUUUAUGAAGGAAGUUAUUUCGAUGAUUCGGAUGUCUUAUGUUGCGAAUUGGUGAAUCAAAAUGCUGCAAACAAUGAAGAGAACAAUCCUUUUUCUGUGCUAGGUAUCAGUUUAGACCUCGGGUUAUCGGAAGAUACGUGUUUACUAAGAAAUUUUGAUACAGAAUUAGAUCAAUUACUCGACGAAAAUUUCUUCAACGGGGGGAAUUCCCUACUCAACGAUAACUUAUUAGACAAAACUAGAUCAGACUUAAGUCUCGCUCCUGCCAAGGAAAAUGAAAUUUUACUUCGACUUGACGAGAAAAAGACCACGCAAGAAAAUUUGGACACCGAGAAAAUUGUAAGCAUGUUUCCUCAUAUGCACGAUGAAAGGAACCGAAGAAGAAGAUAUUUGUUGUACGAAAAUUCACAAGCAAAUAAAAAAGUUCAACAAAAGACAAUUUCUCCAGUUAGAAACAAAAACGUUAAUACACGACACGCCGCAUUAAUAAAUCAUGACUACACAAAUAAGGUUGAAGCUGAAAAAUCUAUAACAUGCCCUGUACCAAAUUGCAAAAAGAUUUAUGCCAAAGCGUCACACUUGAAGGCCCAUCUAAGACGACACUCUGGAGAAAAACCGUUUGUUUGUGACUGGAACAACUGCAGUUGGAAAUUUUCAAGAUCAGAUGAACUAGCCCGUCAUAAAAGGUCCCAUUUUGGGAUAAAACCCUACAAAUGUGAAAUGUGCGACAAAGCUUUUGCAAGGUCCGAUCAUUUGGCUAAACAUCGUAAAGUACAUCGGAAAAGAAUCGGCCAUUUUGAACGGUAACUCACAUUGUAAUGCAUUUUAUUGUAAUUAUUAUUUUCAGUUAUUCAACAAAUAACUAAAUAAAUCUUGUUAAAUAA